AUGAACACACACUACCUCACCACUUCGAGAACCAAUCCCCAGUUCUAUAUAUUCAGUCAACUUUUUGGCGACGAGUUCGAUUGCAGCACAUGCAAUUGGGAGGAGAUUCAAAACGCUUCUUGGCAGGAAUUCUGGCAGCGGGAGGGGCACGAGCUACUUGACCAAAAGUGGCACAAGCGCUUUCCUGAAUACAAAGAUCUUAUUGCGGUGGUCACGACGGAGGAACAAGAACUUUGGCAGGAGCUUUGGGAGAAACACGCCAGUGAAUCGAGUUCUAAGUUUUGGCACAUAUUUAGCUGUGCCUUUGAGAAUUACCAAAACAAUUUGGCCAAAUCUUACGAAUUUAAUGGAGUUCCAGAGGACCUCGAACAGGGCUUGCAAAUUUUAAGCCUCUCCAAUAAGCGUAGAAAGUCGAGAAAGAAGCAGCGUAAUCCCACAGAGAGUGACGAGGACGAAUCCUACCUUACUGCCAACGACGAUCCCAAAGAUUUAGACGAGGAACAACAGCUACUACUUUUAGGACUGCCGACGUCUUUUGCCUCCAAAGCAAAGCACACAAAUCAAAAGCAAAGAAAGCUAGUAAUUGAAACUUUUAGCAGUGAUACUGAGGAUAGCGAAGAUCUCUUAAUUAUGGAAAGCAAUGAAACCCAAACUAUCCAUGGUGUUCAGAGUGGAUUCGUCAAAAAGAACAAGCGAAGGCAAAGGAAAGCCGACAAACUCAAGGCCAGGAUGCCCGAGUUUAUGCUGGAAGAGAACAGUCCCAUGGUCAAGUACUGGUUUAAGCGCUUCUCAUUGUUUUCUCGCUUUGAUCAGGGCAUCCGGCUGGAUAGGGAGAGCUGGUUCUCUGUGACGCCUGAGAAGAUUGCCAAGCAGACGGCUCGAAGGCUGGCCUGUGAUGUAAUCGUGGAUGGCUUUUGUGGAUGCGGUGGUAAUGCCAUCCAGUUUGCUAACACCUGUGGGCGGGUGAUUGCUGUGGAUAUUGAUGCGGAGAAACUGGCCAUGGCUAAGCAUAAUGCCAACAUUUAUGGCGUGGCCCACAAGAUUGAGUUCAUUCAAGCCGAUUUUCUGCAGUUUGCGGCCAGUACUAGGAUUCGUCCGAAUAUAGUUUUCCUAAGCCCUCCUUGGGGUGGACCGAAUUACCAAAAACAAGCUACCUUCGAUAUAGAGAAGAAUCUGCUGCCCGUUGGCGCCAGUCAAUUAAUGCAGCUAUCCCGCCGCCUAGCGCCUGAUGUUUCCUUCUUUCUACCUCGCAAUGCCAAUAUGAGUCAGGUAGUCGCCUUAAGUGGAGCCGGUCAGAAGUGUGAGGUGGAGCACAAUUAUUUGGACACCCGAAUGGUGGCACUGACUGCCUAUUACGGAGAUGGAAUUAUUAAGAGUCCGUCGAGCGGAGAGCAGUAAUAAUUUCUAAGUUAAUUUAUAUCUGCUAAAAAGAAAAUAAGAAAAACACUUUUUUAAUGAAUUACAAAUUUAAUUUAUUAUAAAAAAGGAAUCUGCUUUUAUUUAAACUCGUUGUUAACUCUAUAGAAAUUCAGUUAUAGAACGGCGUAAGUCCGUGUAAUUGUGCAUCAAAGAAUAAAACAAGCAAACGUUUUUCCAUAA